CGGCACAGCCUUUAAAUCAUACGCUCCCUCGACUCUCUUUUUCAGCUGCGCACACACACACUAUAGCACGCCCGCGUGCAGUGGCAAAACCAUACAGCCUAAGGCUAGGCACGCACGCAUACUCCAUAUACUGGCGCUGGCACGAUGAACACGCCACUGCAUGUCAAGUUCCUCAAGACCAUGUACAGGCUCGUCGUCAACAACUUCCUCGUCGUCGUCGCCUUGGCCGUCGCCGCCGCCGUGGUCCCGAGGACGAGCCCUCAUGAGGAGGUGCUCGCGCUGGUGCGGGAGAUCCGGCCUGUCCACUGUCUGCUGGUCCUGCUCCUGGCCGCCGCCGUCGCCAAGCUGUGGCGCAUGGGCCGGCCCAAGGACGUGUACCUCGUGGAGUACGGCUGCUUCCGGCCCAAGCCCUGCUUCCGAGCGCCCUUCGCGACGUGCCUGGAGCACGCGCACCUGAUGCCGUACCUGGUGGACGAGGAGAGCGUCAGCUUCGCCAUCCGCCUGCUGGAACGCUCCGGGCUCGGCGAGGAGACGUGCGUGCCGGAGGCGUACCACUACAUGCCGCCAGACCGCAGCCUCGAGGCCUCCCGCGACGAGACGGAGCUGGUCAUCUUCUCCGCCGUGGACGAGGUGUUCGCCAGGUCGAGCGUGAGGCCCGAGGAGAUCGACGUGCUCAUCGUCAACUGCAGCAUCUUCACGCCCACGCCGGUGUUCGCCGACAUGGUCGUCAACAGGUACAAGCUUCGAGCCGACGUGCAGAGCGUCAACCUGUCCGGGAUGGGUUGCAGCGCGGGGCUCGUCUCCGUCGGCCUCGCCAAGAACCUCCUGCAGACGGCACGGCCGGGCACGCACGUCCUCAUCGUGUCCACGGAGAUCCUCUCGUCGCAGUACUACGUGGGCACGGAGCGCGCGAUGCUGCUCCCCAACUGCCUCUUCCGCAUGGGCGCCGCGGCCAUGAUCCUGUCCAACUCGUCGGAGCGCGCGCGGUACAGGCUCACCCGCCUGGUGCGCACCGUGACGGCGGCCCGCGACGCCGACUACCGGUGCGUGUUCCAGGAGGAGGACGACAAGGGCAACACUGGGAUCCGUCUCUCCAAGGACCUCGCCACCACCGCCGGGCACGCGCUCAAGAGCAACAUCGCCGCAUUCGGACCCCUCGUCCUGCCGGCCUCGGAGCAGCUCCUCGUCGCGCUGUCCUUGCUCAAGCGGAAGCUCCUCAGCGGGCGCGCCAAGGUGAGGCUCUACCGACCGGACUUCCGCACGGCGUUCGAGCACAUCUGCAUCCAUGCAGGCGGCCGCGGGGUGAUCGACGAGGUCCAGCAUGGCCUCGGCCUCUCCGACCAGGACGUGGAGGCGUCGCGGAUGACGCUGCACCGGUUCGGGAACACGUCCAGCAGCUCCGUCAUGUACGAGCUGGCCUACAUCGAGGCCAAGGGGAUGAUGAAAAAGGGCGACCGGAUUUGGAUGAUCUCCUUCGGCGCCGGCUUCGACUGCAACAGUGUUGCGUGGGAGUGCGUCAAGCCGCCGGCCGACGCUGACGGGCCGUGGGUCGACUCCAUCCACCGCUACCCGGUGCAGCUCCCGGAAAUCGUCAAGGACACAUCUGAUGACUCCUAAAGCAUGCACGCGCGCAGCGCAACUGGCGGUUUCAGGGCGUAUAUUUGUACGUACCUGGUAUACGUAUACAUAUUGAUUCAGUUCGCUAGUGAACAAAAGUAUGCGUAUAUUCCUCGCAAAAAAGGAAAAGUAUGCGUAAAUAUCGGCGGAUAUAUGACAUGUCGACGUCUCAGAUAGGGCCUCGGCCUUCUAUAAUAGCUGGAUCAUCGAUGCCAUUGAUUGUAUGUAGCCCAAAGCAAAGGGACUUGAUCUGUUUGGUGCCUAACCUUCGUACAAAAACACGUCAUGUGCUGUUAGGAUGGGAACAGACAAUAUUAUAGCUUAACAUACUAUAUAUGUAUCUCUUCCAUAUAAUUGCAAAUCAAUGCUACUUCUAUUAUAAACAAAUAUUUUCCUA